UGAAAGAGCCCUUGAGCUCAGAUGGAAUUUGUAAAACUGACAAGUGGCAGGACUCUAACAAAAGGCGGAGCUAAUUCCUUCCAGAAGCAGAGUGAAAUUGUUACACUGGAGGUCGUCAGACUUAGGUACAUUUUAAGUAAGAGACUUAGAGCUCCACCUUUCCCUUUCGACCUUAUCUGAUUUAGAUCUGAUUUUCAUUUUACCAUUGUGGUGAGAUCGAUUGGAUCAGCCUGGGAUGAAUUGCAUAUGACAAGCAAGCAAGCAUGCACCGUCGGGGAUGUGAGUCCAACAACACAGCCUUCUGCGGGGCAGUCGUGAGGAUGGAGCGGUACAUGUUAAAGCGGAAACAAAAUAAAUAUGUCUGGAACCAAUCAAAGGCAAAGAAAGCUUUUGCAUCUUUUCUCAAGAAUAUAAAUCCUUACUCCAACCCUGGGAUGCCAACACACCAGGAUCUGAGGAUAUGUCACGGCGUCAUAAACCCCAGUCACCCGUGCGAAACUCCUAACGAAACCAACGGCCACGUCUCCGAGGGCCCCAGCGACGCGGACGCCCUCCUCAGCCGGAUCUCCUCCUGGGUGGACACCCGAUACUCCGCCAGAAAGGCGCUGGAGCACUUCAGUCCCGGGCCCGCCGCCGCCGCCGCCGCCGGCACGCGGGACACCUUCCUGUCCCGCCGCGCCAACGAGCGUUUCCUGGAGCUCCACCGGGACUUCGGCGAGGAGUGCGGCCCCGGGUCCCGUCAGCACUCGUGGGCGGCCUUGGAGACGCGCCAGGAGGUGGUCAUGUAUGGGCCGUACUACCCCGACUACGCCCGCGGGGAGCACAGCGAGGACCCGGUGGUCCGGCAGACGGAGGAGCUGCUGGGGGCCGAGGGGGCCCGGGCCCGCGGGGCCAGCGUGUACAUCUUCACCCAGAACAGCCCGUGUCUGGACCGGGACACCCAGCCGUGCAUGCUGCUCCUGGUGGAGAAGGCCCUGGAGUGGCACGCGCUCUACGGGGUGACGGUGCACAUCGGGUACGCCAGGUGCUGGGGCUUCAAGGGGAACAAGGAGGCGCUGUUCCGCGUGGUGGACCGGAGCCAGCUGGAGUGUGUGGGAGCGAGCCGCGACCACGCGAGCUACGUGGAGGCGAUGAGGAAGAGCCCCGAGGCGGGUCUCAGCCUGCUCUCCGAGGAGCUGUUCUCGGCGGUGAGGCGGACGCUGGGAGCCGGAUCGGAGCACCAGGAGUUCUCUCUGAGGAACGGCGCGCCGGAGCCGAACUGGAAGAGUUCCUUCAGGGACGCUCUGACUCGCGACUCAGGGGGUGAGUCAGAGAUCGAGAGGGAAGCCCUGACACGGGAGGUGGACGCCAUGACUGAAGCGGCGCAAGAGCUGGUCUCUGAUGGGGGCCCGCGGACCCUGGGGUCGCACAUGGAGAGGGGACGGACGUUUGCGCAGGAGUACGGUUUGGCCUCCCAGACGGGCGAGGCCGUACGGGCCGGGGCGAGGCUGGCGUUCCUCCGUUGCUGGAGAGACGUGGUGGAGACGAGGUACGCAGAGUUCAUCAGGGACGGACUGACGGACGACUUCAACCGCUGCGUGACUCACCUGUUUAGUGAGGACGUUGUGAAGUUCGACAAGGAAUACAUACAGAUAGGAAGGAUACGGUUUUCCGAGGAAUUUCCACCUUCUUCGGAAGGUUGUUUACUCUACUAGGCCGUAAGGCCAGCAACUCAAAGAAUGGAGCUAAGCACUUGUGGUAUUGUAAGACGCUUUGGAUCCAAGGGUCCACCCAAUGGCGUAUAUCAGGGAUGGGCAACUGGCGGCCCGCAUCCUCACUCAGUGCGGCCCGCAUCCUCACUCAGUCAGGC